AUGGCUGCUUUUCGAGGUCGAGGCCUUCUCGCCUCCCUUUUGUCAUCCCUUUUUCUAGAGUUGCUGCUAACGGACGGCCCUGCAUCAAUCAUCGCGUCUGACACUGUGAAUAAUCCAAAUGGAAGAACCCUUCUCUUAACGUACAUGCCCGAGUGUGUAAACAGUGGGGCGACAGAGAGGGCUUUACGGCGGACCCUCUCUCGGGCGGCUGCCCGAAAGAGAUCCGAAGAUUCGGAUAUCGUCCAGCUUGAAAGCAUCGACGCCGCGUAUGAAAGGAAUCCCGUGAAGUCCCAUGUGGUAAAUGAGUAUGAUGCGUAUCGGACGAAGCUGAUCUCCUUGGAGUCUGUGAAACAUUCUGAGCAAGCAGGCGAGGGCGGCACCUUUGAGCCUAUGGACUGCAGCAUCUCCGAGGAAUCUCUCAAGCGUGUCGGAGUCGACGUUAUAGAACUGAGAAACUGUGUGUUGGUCGACGGAGAGGAUAUCAAAGAAGCUCUGGAGUUCGACCCUUGCGUGGCAUCUGUCGAGUUCGACCAGGAGUUCUCGAUUGACGCUCUGCACCCUCCGGCUCACGCGGACGCCAGCGUCGAAGGAAGUCAACACGAAGAGGACGACUCAGAGGUCGAGUCUGACGCGCCAGUUUCCGGUCUUUUCUCAAGACGGCGAACCCCGCCCUCUUCGUUGUCGGCGGGGAAGCCGGCAAGGACCGAGCCUCCUUUCUCCUUUUCCGGCGGCGCGUCUGACGAUGUGGAAGUGAACUACUGGAGAAACAAGUCGGGGCUUAACGACGCUCUGUAUGACUUGGCUGACUGCGAUCCUCAGCGCGUCGUUGCAGUGAUUGACACGGGUGUCUCAUACACCCAUCCGGCUCUCGCGAAGAACAUGUGGGUGAAUAUAAACGAGAUCCCUGGGAACGGAAUCGACGACGACCGGAAUGGCUUCAUCGACGACGUCUACGGUUUCAAUUUCCGCGACAACAAAGGCGACCCAAUGGACGACCACGGUCACGGCACACAUGUGGCUGGAAUCAUCGGCGCAAUGAAAGCUCCGAAUCCUCGUGUCCAGGGCGUCUGCGGACGCACCAGCAUCGCGGGCCUGAAGUUCAUGGGUUCCAACGGAAAUGGCUCGACAUCUGAUGCCAUCAAGGCACUCAACUACGCCGUCCAGAUGAGGAUUCCACUGAGUUGCAACAGCUGGGGCGGGCCGACUUGGUCCGAAGCUCUCAUUGCGGCGUUGGAAGCUGCCGAGAGUGUUGGGCACCUGUUCAUAGCAGCAGCUGGCAACCAAGGACGAAACACUGACGAGAUUCCUCACUAUCCGGCGUCCUAUCGACUCCCGAAUGUGAUCAGUGUCGCAGCUACUAACUCGGAAGACCAGCUCGCACCUUUCAGCAACCGCGGCGAGUCCACCGUGGAUGUCGCGGCACCAGGAGUCAAGAUCCUCUCCACGUUUCCGCCCGACCAGUUCCGCGAGCUCUCUGGAACGUCCAUGGCCACCCCGGUCGUCGCGGGCGUUGCCGCCAUGCUCAUGUCACUCCCGUUUACGGAUCCCAAACAAAUCAAAGAAGCGAUCGUCAGCGGAGUCGACAAAAUGCCCGCAGCAAAAGGACUCGUGAAGUCUGGAGGGCGUGUAAAUGCCAGUAAGUCCGUCUCGUGGCUGGCUAAGGAACUGGGACUGGAGACGGAGAUAAAGAAUCGGCAGAAAAAGAAUGACGAGGAACCGCUCGAGGACGAGGGAGACGACGAAAGUGAAGUCGAUCAGAUCCAGGGGUUCCCUUCUAUUACGCCGUAG